UUACAAAACAAGAUAUCAUUUCCGCACCAUGAAGACAGCAGUCGUUAUAUCUAUCAGCAUAAUUUUGCUGGGGCUUGCAGCAGGAAAAGAGGAUGAGGCUGUUCAACAGUGUUCUAAAGAUGUAUCUGCCAGUUGUCCAUCACCCUGGAAGUACACAUAUCCAGUUGGUGACCCAAGUUACUGUCUACAAGGAAACAACAAGGGUUUACUUCGUAUGGAGGUUCUCCCCGGAACAGGCUGGGAUAAUCUGAGAAAUCUCAACAUGGGAAUGGUAGUUUGGAAGAAUUAUUCUCAGUGUUUGACGAGCGAGGAUGGGAAAUAUUUGAUCCCAGAUAACACCUAUGUCGUGCCCUUGAAGGAAAGCAACGUGGUCUUGAAUUCGGAAUUUUUCGAUCACUGGAAUAAUUAUUCUUCAAUGACUUCCAAUUCUAUCAACGCAGAAGCACAUGCAUCUUUUUUCGGCAUUGGACUCGGGGGGAAAUUCUCAAAAGAAUACGAAUCGGUCAAGAAACAUCAAGUGGAAGACAAGGCAGUCACAACUCGAGUGCAGCUCAGAUACAAGUUUUACACCGUCAAAGCACAACCUGAUAUGCAGUUACACCCAGACUUCAAGUCAAGGCUGCUCGAUAUCGCUGCUAAUUUACAGUGUAAUAACACAGCUAUGGCUCGAUACAUGGCUGACUUACUCGUACGAGAUUAUGGGACUCACUAUGUGACUAGUAUCGAUGCUGGGGCGAUUCUGGCGAAAAUUGAUCAUGUUAAAUCGACCUACGCUGCUACAUUUAAUAGUGACAAAAGUAAAAUCACUGCCUCAGCGAGUGCAUCUUUCUUUGGCUCGUUCGGCUUCAGCGCCUCGUACACUCACCAAACCGAAACAAAAGAUUUGGACACUUAUCUCAAAAACGUUGCACACUCAAAGAUCUACACCUAUGGUGGACCACCCUAUCGAGCCAACUUUUCUAUCAACCAAUGGGAAGAUGGUUUACCAAAUAACUUAGUUGCUAUUGACAGAUCUGGGGAUCCGCUACACUAUACUAUCACACCCGAGGCCUUGCCGGAACUUCCCGAGUUUCUUGCACUGGAUCUUAGUCGAUUUGUGCUGAAAUCCAUCAAGACUUAUUAUAAACACAACAGUAUCAAGGGCUGCACAGAUGCCAGCUCACCAAACUUCAACUUCCAAGCGGUUCUAGACGAUCAUUCCUGCAAGGCUCCUUAUACUAACUUUACAUUUGGUGGUGUUUUUCAGAAUUGCUCCAUAUCAGGUAGCCCAAGCACCAAUCCUUGUGGUGCAUUCCAACAGAAAAACCCUAAGAAAAACGACUACGCAUGUCCUGAUGGAUACAACGCUGUCCUCCUCCACCAAGGUCUCACUCCAACCACGUGCCACCGUGAGUGUCAUGGUUGGUGGAUAUUCAAAAGUUGCCAUAACGAUUGUGGCUAUGCAAGAUAUAACACAUAUUGGUGCGUGGCUACAGGUUCAGUAAAGGAUCACUCAGGUUACUUGUUCGGUGGUUUAUACACCAAGAUAGCGAUGAACCCAGUCACAGGGACCGCCAGUUGUCCUCCCAAGUUAUACCCCCAGCGGUUCGGCCCUGAAGGGAUGUACGUGUGUAUCAGUGACGACUACGAACUGGCUGCUCAAUAUUCUUUACGGUUCGCUGGAUUCUUCAGCUGUAGUGCUGGCAACCCUCUGGCUUUUAAAAAGACUACUGCACCAGCAAGUGGACAAGUAGGACUAGAACGCGCUUUAUACAGUGCUGGCUCCUCUAGCUGGCCCAAGCGCUGUCCUACGGGGUACUCCCAACACUUGGCCAUCAUAGACGAGGACUGUGAGAUCAACUACUGUGUGAAAGCCAAUUCCCUGUCAGCACAAGGCCUUCCGACCAUCAGACGACCACCGUUCCGACCGCUGCCGAAGAUGAACCAUAACAUUACGAUACCGCUGGCCAUAGUUAAUGAUGACACGGGUAAAGUUUGGUUCAAGGAUCCAAACUCUUUGAGCUGGAUUCUAGCGACAAAAAGUUCCGUCAUGAAAUUCAUGGCCGAGACAGACAUCAACAAAGGCGCCAUCGAGAAUUUAAAGGCUUCAGUGGACGAAAUCAAACCGAGCACCAAGUCUUCCUCCUCUUCUACUGGACCAAAAGACGACACAAUGUCACCUGGAACGGCAGUCGUGAUUACAAUCGCUGUCAUAGCGUUUGCUGCAAUCUUGAUUCUUGUGGUGGUUGUUUCCGUACGCCGUAAAACGCGUCGUGAAAGUAAUAAAUCUAGCAUGAAUCCUCUACUUUCGUCUUCAACAAACUACCAGACUGUGGGAAACGUUGAACACGAGUAGAUAGAGACAAAUAUCUAUUGCUGGGACCACUUGACGUUAGUCAUUUACUUUCUUCUGUGGAAUGUUCAUUCCCUGAAUCUUUAGUUUUUCAAUAAAGGCUUUGUAUCAUCACAUGAUGGUUGCCAUAACAAUAGGUACAACAAUAGAGUAUUUUUUAUGAAAAUGAAUUCUUUGAUUAGACCAGAUUCAGUUGUUCCUGCCUCCUAUCACGGCUGUUAUCAAGUGAUGCUGCAAAGCCUUUAUUGUCUAUAUGAUAAGUAUAUGUAAUAGGACUCCAUGCUGUCCAAUUAAGAAAUAAUUGGACGAGGAAACUUCCGAGGACUGACAAAAUUGGAUGAGGCCUUAGGCCGAGUCU